AACCGUGUUAGGCUAAUGGCUUCCAUUCACUGGGCGCUGCUACUCUUUCUUGUACAACUCCCCAUACUGGCCACCUCCAGCGCCCACAGUGAUGGUAACCUCACACUGUGGUGCCAUCCAGACCAGGCUGCAGCGCUUCUCCAACUAAAGCAAUCCUUCUUUGCUGCAGAAACAACCGCUACUAUCCUCCCGUCAUGGCAAAAUGGCACCAAUUGCUGUCUCUGGGAGGGCAUUAUCUGUGAUGCUUCUUUUGGUCUUGUGACUGUACUAGACCUCAGUGGGUAUGGCCUAAACAGUUAUGGCUUGGACCCUGCGCUCUUCAGCCUCAAAUCCCUCCGACGUCUCGAUCUUAGCAUGAAUUCUUUAGGAGAUUACAGCUACAACAUCACCACUGCUGAGUUUGAGAGGCUUGCUCUGCUAACUCAUCUCAAUUUCUCCAACUCGGGCUUGGAUGGCCAGAUACCUAUUGGCAUCAGCAAACUCGUUAACCUUGUCUCCUUGGAUCUUUCAAGUCACAGAGUUUCCGAUUAUGAUGAUCCUACCUCUGCAGGUGACAGUUUUAAUCAUCUUCGGGAGCCCAAUUUUGAGAUCCUGGUAGCGAACCUCAACAAUCUAAGAGAGCUCUACCUUGAUGGAGUGCAGAUAAUGUCUAGCAGCGGUGAAGAUUGGGGCAAAGCUCUUGCAAAAUAUGUUCCUCAUCUUCAGGUACUUAGCUUGGAGGGAUGCAGGCUGAAUGGUCCUAUUCAUCAUUCCCUCUCGAGCAUCCAUUCUCUUGUUGCGAUCAACCUUGGAUCCAAUGAUGCUGGUCCGAUUCCAGAGUUCUUCGCAGAUUUUCCCAAUCUAAGUGAGCUUCAACUUUCGGAUAUGAAUCUUCAGGGGUGGUUCCCUCAAAGAUUUUUUCAACUCAAAAAUUUAAGGGUCCUAGAUUUGUCCUCAAACCCGAAUCUCUCGGGGCAUUUGCCAAACUUUCCUCAUGCAAGUUCUCUAUAUACUUUGAGGCUAGAGGGGACCAACUUCUCCUCUGCUAAACCAAGUUCUUCUGGCAAUUUCAAGCUGUUGAGGGAGUUAACUCUUGACGGGAAAUUUCUAUCGAUGGAUUUUCUCUCUUCAUUUGGUGUACUUGGGUCUUUACGCCAGUUGAAGGUUUCUCUGAUGGACUCACAUAAAGAGUUGGGAUCAAUUUUGUCAUGGAUUGGAGACCUCAGGAACUUAACGAGCUUGGAACUCUAUGUGUGCGACUUCUCUUGGACUAUGCCUUCCUCUAUUGGUAACCUGAAGGCCUUGAGAAGCUUGACAAUGUUUGAUUGCAACCUCCCUAGGCCCAUAUUGUCUGAAAUUGGAAAUCUCAUUGGCUUGCAAAAGUUGAAACUAUCUGACUGCAAAUUACAUGGUUCAAUGGCAUCUUCAGUGCACAACCUCACAAAUUUAAGAAGCUUGUAUAUUGGGAGUUGUGAUGCUUGCGGAACAAUGCCAGCUGCAAUUGGCUAUCUUAGAAACUUGAGAAGGUUGGAGAUCUCCGGUUCUGACUUUUCUGGGUCCAUACCAUCUACUAUUGGCAAUCUGACUAACUUGAAAAGCAUGGUUAUUUUGUAUAGUCAGCUUUCUGGGUCCAUACCAUCUACCAUUGGCAAUCUGACUAACUUGAAAAGCAUGGUUAUUUGGUAUACUAUUUUUGGCGGGAACAUUUCUGGGAGGAUACCAGGUUCACUUGUCAAUAUAACUCAACUGACAGAACUGGAUAUCUCCUAUACUCAUGUGAGCGUUAUGACUCGCAACCGCAGUAUCAGGAUACCUCAUGGCCCAUCACAGGAGCGAUCAAUUGUGUAUACCCCAUGUUCGAACUGCACAGGGAGAAUAAUAACCUCUGCUCAUUCUACAGGUCAUAUUCCGGCACCUCUUUUCGCUCUUCCAAAAUUAAGGUACUUGAAUCUUGGUUGGAACCAACUUUCUGGUCCUAUAGAAGAGUUCGACGCGCCAUCUUCAUGCUUACAGCUCGUGAGUUUGAGCAGAAAUUCAUUGGCAGGCAAGUUUCCCAAGUCAUUCUUCCAACUUGCAGAGUUGGUUCAUCUAGAAAUCAACUUGAACAACUUUGAAGAUUCAGUGGAUCUUUCAUCAUUUGGGAGGUUAAGAAAGCUCACUGGUUUGGAUCUUUCACACAAUAAGUUGUCUGUUAUGAUUGACGAAGGCAAUAACUCUCUGUCUACCUCUCUUUUUGGACUGGAUGAACUGGGACUAGCAUGUUGCAAUAUAACCAAAAUUCCUAGUUUUUUGACACAUCUUGACAGAAUGGUUUAUCUAGACCUUUCUUGCAACAAAAUCACUGGAGACAUACCAAAGUUGAUAUGGGAGAGAUGGAACAAUAGCCUUUUGCAACUAAAUCUUUCACACAACAUGUUCACCGGUAUGCAACUUACUUCAUAUGCUCUUCCAUUCAGUAGGUCCCUGGAAGUGUUUGAUCUUAGUUCCAAUAGGCUGCAGGGACAGAUCCCUAUGCCAGACUUAUCAUCAGAAUAUUUGGAUUAUUCACACAACUUUUUCUCUUCUGUUCUCCCAAACUUCACGUUGUAUCUCAGCAACACCAACUAUCUCAGUAUGUCCAACAAUAGUAUAAAUGGAUAUAUACCAGAAACAGUUUGCAAUUCCAGCUUGGAUGUCCUUGACCUAUCACAUAACAACUUUAGCGGGCCGAUUCCGUCCUGUUUGAUAGAAAAUGCUCGACGGAGCGUAUUAAAUUUGAGAGAGAAUCACUUUGAAGGGACGUUGCCAUCCAAUAUUACAAGUGAAUGCACUUUCCAGACAAUAGAUUUACAUGACAAUAAGAUUGAAGGACAAAUUCCGAGGGGACUUUCUAACUGCAGUUAUUUGGAGGUUCUUGACAUCGGAAACAACCGAAUAGUUGAUACUUUCCCAUCUUGGCUAGGGGAGCUUUCCAAUCUGUAUGUUCUUAUCUUAAGAUCCAACCGAUUUUAUGGCUCCAUAGAUGGUGAUAUUGGGAAUCACAAAUCAAGAGGGUACUUCUCUAGCUUGCAAAUUCUUGAUCUCGCCUUGAACAACUUCUCCGGCAAAAUGAAUUCAGAAUGGUUUGGUCAGUUGAAAGCAAUGAUGGCCAACUUCAAUGGUUCUGGAGAUAUUGUCCGUGCUACAAACUUAAAUGGUAUGGCGGAAUACUACCAAGAUUCUACUGAGAUCACAUACAAGGGGUCCUACGUGACAUUUGUAAGGAUCCUGACCACUUUAAAAGCAAUUGACCUUUCAAAUAAUAGAUUGGAAGGUACCAUUCCUGAGUCAGUUGGACGGCUUGUUUCACUGCGUGUACUGAACAUGUCACACAAUGGAUUCACGGGAGAAAUUCCAACCCAGCUUGGCGGUGUGACUGAUCUAGAGUCACUAGACCUGUCUUGCAACCAACUUUCUGGGGAGAUUUCACAGGAACUCACAAAUCUGACCUCUCUAACCACCCUGAACUUAUCUGACAACCAGUUGGUGGGGAAGAUACCGCAGUCACGCCAGUUCCCCACAUUUGACAGCAAUUCAUUCGAAGGGAAUUUGGGACUGUGUGGACCGCCAUUCUCCAACCCCUGUGGCGUUUCACUUGCUCCUCCAGGCAUGGCACGCAUGGAGAAGUCUUCUAAUGUGGAUAUCAUCCUGUUUCUCUUUGUCGGGCUGGGCUUCGGUGUUGGAUUUGCAGCUGCCAUUCUGAUGAGAUGGGGUCGAAUCGGAAAAUGGUUUGUUAAAUCUGCAAGAGCUUUGUGGAGGACUUGAUCUGAUCUGGGAGACUAUUCCCUGGUGCAAGGAUUCUGUCCUGGAAGAGAGCUUAUUCCUCUGCAGCAGUCGUUGCUUCUGAAGAAGUACUGUAAGUAUAGGCUUUUUAUCUACUUGUAUACUUUUUGUGCUGUGCUUCAUGUAUUAAGCCCCUGCUGCACCUUAUCUUCCGUGGUGUACGCUAUACAAUAUUGCUUGGGGUUAGAUUAGAUGGCUGAACAUCUUUGUAAUCCAUCUCCUGUAUCUGUUUGUUGUUACCUCCAGUUUUAAGUGUGA